UCAUGAGAGAACUGUUAAUUUUUCCAAAAUGGCAAACCAUUUCUUGUUUUGCAUUGUAUUUAUAUUGAUUCCUGCUCUUGGAACAUCGGACUCUAUUUUAUCACAGUUCAGAAAUAUCAAGAAGAGAAAUGCUGAUGAUGUGAUUAUCAAUGGUAUAGAAAUCUACAGCAUAAAAAUUGAUUGCAAAGUGACUUCUCGAUUUGCCCACAAUGUCAUCACCAGCCGAGCUGUUAACCGGGCCAACAUGUCCAAAGAAGUCAUUUUUGAUGUUGACCUCCCUAAGACAGCCUUCAUCACCAAUUUCACCAUGACAGUUGAUGGUGUCACAUAUCCUGGGAACAUAAAAGAAAAAGAGGCUGCAAAAAAGCAAUAUGAGAAGGCUGUUUCAAAAGGACAGACUGCAGGCCUUGUCAAGGCUUCUGGAAGAAAAACUGAAAAAUUCACUGUUUCAGUCAACAUUGCAGCAGCCAGUAAAGUCACUUUUGAACUGACCUAUGAAGAACUGUUGAAACGACAAUUUGGAAAAUAUGAAAUGUUCAUCAAAGUAAAACCAAAGCAGCUUGUCAAAAACUUUGAGGUUCAGGUAAACAUCUUUGAACCCCAAGGUAUCAGAGAGCUGGAAGCAGAAGGAACAUUUAUCACCAAUGACUUAUCAGAUGCCAUUAAAAAAUCUUUCUCAGGAAAAAAGGGCCAGGUGUCUUUCAAGCCAACCCUUAAUCAACAGCGAACAUGUGCUAAUUGUUCAACAUCUCUGUUGGAUGGAGACUUUACAAUAAAGUACGAUGUUGAGAGAGGCAGUCCAAAUGAUUUACAGAUUGUCAAUGGAUACUUUGUACACUUUUUUGCACCGACAAAUCUUCAAAAUUUGCCUAAGAAUGUUAUUUUUGUAAUAGAUAUUAGUGGAUCAAUGUCUGGAAGAGAAAUACAACAGACAAGAGAAGCACUUCUUAAAAUAUUAGAUGAUAUUAAAGGAGACGACUACUUCAAUUUCAUAUUAUUUGGUUCAGUUAUAUACACUUGGAAAGACAUAUUAGUUAAAGCCACUGCAGAGAAUCUGGAAGAAGCAAGGAAAUUUGUUCGUGCUAUUGACACUGAAGGUGCAACAAAUCUGCAUGGUGGUUUAAUGAGGGGAAUUGAAAUGCUGAAUACUGCUUAUGAAAAAAAUAUCGUGCCCCAGAGAAGUACUUCUAUAAUUAUAAUGUUAACAGAUGGCCAACCUAAUGUAGGAAUAUCAGACCCCCAGCAAAUUCAAGAGAGUGUAAAAAAAGCCAUUAAAGAAAAAUACCCAUUAUACAAUCUUGGCUUUGGCUACGGUGUUGACUAUAAUUUUUUAGAAAAGUUGGCAUUGGAGAAUAAAGGAUUGGCUCGCCGUAUCUAUCCAGAUUCUGAUUCAGCCAUACAACUGCAGGGUUUUUAUGAUGAGGUGUCCAAUCCAAUGCUUUCAGAUGUGGAAUUGAACUACCCUGAAAAUUCAGUAUCUGACUUAACUAAUAACAACUUUAAACACUUGUACGAUGGAUCUGAAAUUGUGGUAGCUGGACGCAUUGUAGAUAAUGAUCUGAACAGUUUAACUGCAGAUGUGAAAGCUCAAGGUGCAGACAAUGAUGUAACAUUUAUUGCACAAGGAGAUGUCAAAGAAACAACUGAAGCUCUCCAAGAACAGGAGUACAUUUUUGGGGAUUACACUGAGAGACUCUGGGCUUAUCUCACCAUUCAACAGUUAUUGGAAAAACGCAUUACAGCUACUGGAGAAGAAAAAGAGAAACUUACAGCUAAAGCUCUGGAACUCUCUCUGAAGUAUAAGUUUGUGACACCUUUAACCUCCAUGGUUGUAACAAAGCCAGAAGACUAUGAUAAUCAAGCUGGACUUGCUGAUAAACCAAUAGAAGGUACAGACAUUUUCAUAGCUUGUUUUACUAAGGGAAGCCAAAUUACCAUUUGGCUUUCCCUAAAAUAGGGGUUUUUGCAAUAGGGCAAUUUUUAAAAUAUAGAUCUGCAUAUAAAUUCCUGUUCCAUUUCCUUAGUCUGGGAGUUCCCCCCCACCCUGGUUCCACAACCAUUUCAGUCUUGGAGUUGGGGUAUUCUACUGUUCCUGGGGCUUCUUCUACAUCUUCCUUUAGUGUGGCUAGCUGUCACUUCUCUUUCCCUUAUUCCUUCACUGGACCAGACCAGGAGGGGAGUGUACAACUAGUCAUUCUUGCAAGAGACUUUUUCUCACAAGGAAAACCUUUCAGGCUAAGAUCUGGAAGAUCUUUCUCCUACAAGAAGCAUGUUUCCUCUGGGAGAAAUUGAAUGAACACCUGUAUGCUUGUAGUUUCUACUGGGAGACUGGCAAUUCUCUUGGUUGAAACAUAAUGCCUGUAUGUGGCCGCUGUCUGAAGUCCACCUUAUAAACUAACUGAAUCAGAGAUACAUAAGCUUUCAUGAGCAUGAGCUAACUUCUUCAGAUUUUAUACAAGGACAUGCCAUUCUUUACAGAGUUACUUUCCAAGCACACAGAUGGGUUACAGAUUCAGGCACAGUCAUCAGUUGUACUAGAACUGUAAAGGAUCUCAUCAAAUACCAAGAAAACUGAAAGAGUAACAUUGAUAAGGAGAUCUUGGCAUCUAUUUGAAAUUAACAUAGAGGUAAAGCAGUUACCAGAGAUUAAUACUUUGUCAUGUGCAAAACUGAAUCUAAAUUUAUGGUCCCACAUGUGAGUAUCUACAUUUAAUUUGUUCCUUAUACAAUCUUUUUACAGUCACUCAUCAGAGAAAAGGGCUUGAAAUUUAAAAUAUGACAUGAAUCUGAAUUAAAAUUUUUUUUUCAGAAUAUCUAAUUCAAUGUGUUACACUUUUAUCCAUAUUUAUCCAGCAUAUUAUCCAACUAUUUAACUGUAUGAGUGAAAUUGUCAUUUUCUUUUUUUACUCUGUCACGUCCAUUUCUUGAAACAGCUGAAGCAAGGUCUGCCCCAGUCACUCACCAAUUUUCAUCAGUUUCCUCCCUGUACAGGCAGAAUGCACCUCCCACUUGGUAUACUAGUGUUGAUGGAGAUCCGCACUUCAUUAUAUCAGUGCCACAGAAAGAAGAUGCUCUUUGUUUUAAUAUCAAUGAAAACCCAGGUGCAGUUUUAAAUUUAAUAAAGGACCCAGUUACAGGUAUCACUGUCAAUGGACAGCUUAUUGGAGAUAAAAGGACAAGCAAUGAGGCAAAGAUCCAAAACACCUAUUUUGGAAAACUUGGGAUUGCAAAUAAGCAUCUAGAUUUAAAACUAGCAGUAACUCCUGAGAAAAUCACCCUUCAGAAUGGCAAUGAAAAGUCAGUUUUCACUUGGCUUAAUACAGUCAACCUGCAACAAGAAGGACUAACUCUUAUAAUUAAUAAGGAAAAGAAUCUGGUGCUUUUCAUGGAUGGCGGUGCAUCAUUUGUUGUUGUUUUGCACCAAGUAUGGAAGAAACAUCCUUUACACCAAGACUUCCUAGGAUUAUAUGUGAUGGAUAGUCAUAAACUGUCUGAACAAACCCAUGGAUUAUUAGGGCAAUUUUUCCACCCAAUUGACUUUAAUAUAGUUGAAAUCCAUCCUGGAUCUGAUCCCAAGAAACCGGAUGCCACAAUGAUUGUCAAAAACAAUGAACUGACAGUAACAAGGGGGUGGCAGAAAGAUUACAGAAAAGAUACCAAGCAUGGCCUUGAUAUCCCUUGCUGGUUUGUUCAUAACAGUGGUGCAGGGCUGAUUGAUGGAGUUCACACAGACUAUAUUGUUUCCAGUAUAUUUUGACACCAUUAUCAAUUAAUCUUCAGAUCUGUGUUAAGAGAAUAUUUUUCUGCAUGAGUUAUGCUUCCUAAUAGUCAUCAACUACUAAAAAUCCUAAGCUUACUGUAUUAAUGCUUUGUUUGAAACUAUCCUCACUUAACAGGUUCUCAUGAAUCAGGUUACUGAGUGCAGCUGGUCCACACUGUCUUCACUCAACCAAUAUCUAAGAUCUGUGCGCUAAAAUAUAAUAUUUGAUCAAAUAAAACAAAUACAGAAUGUUGUGUUAAAUUCAUUUGUGAGGUUAAAACUCUGAUUUAUUCUUCUAUGUAGAAUAAACUUUAUAUUCAAGGUGAAA